CGAAACCAACAUGUCUCCAAUGUAAGUAGCGGUACAUACUUCUCACUCAAGUACAUACGUGAAUCCAAGAUUCGGUCUUGCUCAUUGUUGUCGUCAGGUCACAAGAGAAGCGUGCCUUGUGGAGGCUACAAGAAGGAUUUCAAAUGGAGGCCCUUUGAGGAAUCGGCAAUAGCCGGGAAAAGUCUCAAGACCAUACGAAAAGGUACCGGCCUCGUGUCUCCUCCGUGUGGAUCGUUUGUUCCGAAAGUUGGCUGAAACGACGGUGUAGGAGGGAUUCAAAGGUCCAAGAAGUCCUCGGCAGCAGCAACAGUGCGAAUGGGUGGAGGUGGGCAGUUGGAUCUGUCACAGAAUCCGUUCGCUCAAGUGCGGCCAAUGCAGUGUCCGAGUACCGCAACGGACGAUGUUUUCCACGUUGAUCGGAUUUACAUCACCCCCGAUACCGCUCUGGAUCGAUUACCGACUCCGCCCCCAACUACGGCUCUGCCGACUAACGUUGACCUUCUAGAAGAGCUCUACGGCGAUACGUGCAUCGGCGCCCCUGGGGCACCGCUGGAGGCUGAUGUCCAUCAAAUGGGGAUGGAAAUCGCGAGCAGAUCACCCGUCGGUCACAUCGAGGAGUUGCUGGACUUUGUGGGGAACGAGACGGAACUGUACCUUCCGGGGACUCGAUAUUCGGUAGGAGGAAGCGUCAACGAGGUCGAUGGCGACGCAAUCGAAGAGAUGAUACGAGGCGGCGCGAGUCAGACUCGAUUGGUUUCGUCGCCGACCCCUUCCAUGGCGUCGUCGUGUUCCUCCGACUCCCGCUCGUCGCUGGGGGAGAAUUUCGUCCACCUCCAGGACGUCUUCAGACGGCCAGCAGUGAUGGUGGAGUCACCCGAACUGCUGCUCUCUUAUUUCGACAAAAACACAUGCGGCAUCAUGUCUAUCAAAGACGGUCCAACGGAGAAUCCAUGGAGAACCCUCAUCUGGCCACUGGCUCGCGACUCGCAGGCCCUAUACCACGCCAUAUCAUCGAUGACCGCGUUCCAUAUGUCGAGGCAGCGACCACAGCUGCGGGUGGAAGGAAUGGAACACAUGCGCCGAUCGAUCCGCUUCCUGGCACAGGGUCUCUCCCACGGAAACAUCCGGGAAGAUGCCGCAUUGGGGACUACGUUGGUUCUGGCCUUCUCGGAGGCAUUCGAUACUCACAUCUCGACGGGAAUCGAGCACCUACGCGGUGCAAGGGUUUUGAUCAAUCAGGCCCUGGCCAGGAUCUCUCCGCUGAGCGUCAAUUCCGAGGGAUUCCAGCGGCUGCAGUUCCUGUACAACGUGUGGGUGUAUCUGGACGUCCUCGCCGGGCUCACAUCCGACGCCGAGGAAGACAGCAACAACAUGAACCCAAAGAUGUCCUACGCCCCCCUGAUCUCCUCCUUCUCGAUCGAUCCACUGCUCGGUUGCGCGGCUACCCUCUUCCCGCUGAUCGGCCAAGCCGCCCGUCUCGUCCAGCGCGUACGAAAACUCGAAAAGAACUCGGUGGGGAUCAUCGCUGCCGCCAUGGAUCUCAAGCUUCUACUCGAAUCGUGGCAGGUACAGGAGUACUACGAACCGAUCGAAGAUCCGUCUAGCGACGUGGUACAUUGCAUCACCACAGCCGAGGCCUACCGCUGGGCAACACUCCUGUACCUCCACCAGGCGGUCCCGGAACUGCCGUCACCGGAUGCACACGAGCUCGCGGACAAGGUGAUGCGACUGAUCGCCUCCAUCCCCCCGGGCUCCCGCUGCUGCAUCGUACACAUCUACCCGCUGCUCGCGGCCGGCUGCGAAGCCGUCGGCGACGAGGAGCGGAUCUGGGUCAGGGACCGAUGGGAGGGCAUGAUGAAUCGCAUGUGGAUCGGGAACAUCGACAAGGCCUGGCAGGUCGUCAAGGAGGUGUGGUAUCGCCGCGAUGCGUUCCAGGCACGCCAUGCCGCCAUAACCCCGUCGCCUACGCUGUCGCCCUCUUCAUCACCGCGCUCAAAGUAUGCAUCUCCGACGACGACGCCGAUGACAGAUGCUAUGGUUGCGUGGGACGCGGCGUUCGAGCCGGACAACCGACGCCCGGAGCCCCAGCGGGCGAAGAGGUGCAGUACUGACGAUAUACUACGCGAGCAUCGGAAGGGCGAGUGGGAUUACGAGGUGUCGAUCAGAGGGAGUCUCCACUGGCUCGGAGUGAUGAAACACUGGGGCUGGGAGGUUCUGUUGGGGUAAGUUGGCUGUUGUGGGUCUUGUCUUGUUUCAGGGGGUUGGUCACUGGUGUUUUACUUAUUGGCUAUUUCUUUCCUUUGCUUUUCUGUGGAUUCUGGCGUUGUGGUUUACCGUUUCUCGCGCGGACAUGUACUUUGGUUUGGAUACUUGGGAUACCUACUACUUGGCAGUUGCUCGCGUGGCGCAAUUCAAUUACUGUUUU